UUCUUGCUUUAUCUAAUUUAUUUUUAAAAUAAUAAAUUUGGCUAUCUAUAUAUUCUUUUCUUGCAACUUUGAUACCACAAGUGGUGGGCAUGUUACUAGUCACACUUUUUUGUUACAAAAACCUCUGUGAUUUUUUUUCCUUGGAAAAUCUGACACAAGCUGUGAAAGAAGUGCUGCGCAGUAGUAGUAGUGUGGCAAGCUUCAAAAGUAGUCAUGUGAUGCAUCUGUUACUUGUUUAGAAACAAGUUUUUAGUUUUUGGCAUAUUUUUUGUUGAUUUCUUCGAACUAACAAGAAACUGCAAAAUCCCAUCAGAAAUUAUUAUCUAUUUUUUUGUUUGUAUUCAGACAAAAACAGCCUCAUUUCUUGUUGCUAUCUCAACUCCAAAUUUUCCUACAAUGGAAACUAUUCUCUUGUUUCUGGUUUUGUUCUGUUUCUGGUCUUCUUCCACUGCUAUGCUCACACCUAAUGGUGUCAACUUAGAAGUGGUGGCUUUGAUGGAUAUAAAGAAGUCUCUGAUUGAUCCUCAUGGAGUUCUGAACUGGGAUGAGAAUGCUGCUGAUCCAUGUGGCUGGACUAUGGUGUCUUGUUUUCGUGAUAGUGUUGCCACACUAGCAAUCCCCAGCCAAAGUUUGUCAGGGACGAUAUCGGCAAGUAUUGGGAACUUGACACACCUCACAAGUGUGCUGUUGCAGGGAAAUAACAUAUCUGGGGCAAUACCUCCUGAGCUGGGAGACCUCCCAAAACUUCAACAACUUGAUCUCUCUGAUAAUUUGCUCAUAGGAGAGAUACCUCCUUCCUUUUCUCACCUCACAAGCCUUGGAUACCUGAGGUUGAACAAUAAUAGUCUGACUGGACCUAUUCCCCAGGCUUUGGGCAACAUGACACAGCUGAAAUUUCUGGACUUGUCAUUCAAUAAUUUGAGUGGACCAGUGCCAAAACUUGUUGCAAAAACAUUCAAUGUUUUAGGAAAUCCUAUGAUAUGUGCAACUGGCAAGGAGCCAGGCUGCAAUGUCACUGCACCAAUGCCUCUCUCUUUCUCUCAGAUUGCUCAGCCAUCAUCAUCGAUGUCGAAUAGUCACAGAGUGGCGCUCGCGUUCGGCUCUAGCCUCGGCUGCAUCUGCCUACUGAUUCUUGGAUUUGGCUUCCUUCUGUGGUGGAGGCACAAGCACAACAAGCAGAUUUUCUUUGAUGUUAAUGAACAACAUCAAGAAGUCUGCCUAGGCAACCUAAGAAGGUUCCAAUUCAGAGAGCUCCAAUCAGCAACACACAACUUCAGCAGCAAACACAUGAUCGGGAAAGGCGGUUUUGGCAAUGUCUACAAAGGCUGCCUCCCCGAUGGCUCAGUCGUGGCCGUGAAGAGGCUCAAAGACGGAAACAACAGAGGGGGAGAGAUCCAGUUCCAGACAGAGGUGGAGAUGAUCAGCCUUGCUGUCCACAGGCACCUCCUCCGCCUCUACGGGUUCUGCAUCACUCCAACGGAGAGGCUCCUCGUCUACCCCUACAUGUCCAAUGGGAGCGUAGCUUCGCGCCUCAAAGGGAAACCAUCAUUGGAUUGGAGUACUAGGAAAAGGAUAGCGUUGGGUGCAGCAAGAGGUUUGCUAUACCUACACGAGCAAUGUGAUCCCAAGAUCAUCCACAGAGACGUCAAGGCCGCUAACAUACUACUUGAUGACUACUGCGAGGCAGUGGUGGGUGAUUUCGGGCUAGCAAAGCUUCUUGAUCACCGCGAUUCACACGUUACCACAGCUGUCCGUGGCACAGUCGGGCACAUAGCACCAGAGUACUUGUCCACGGGCCAAUCCUCGGAGAAAACAGAUGUUUUCGGAUUUGGGAUUCUUCUGCUAGAACUCAUCACUGGCCAAAGGGCUCUAGAAUUUGGGAAAGCAGCUAACCAGAAAGGAGCCAUGCUUGAUUGGGUGAAGAAGAUUCAUCAAGAAAAGAAGCUAGACAUACUAGUAGACAAGGAUCUGAAGAGCAACUACGACCGGAUUGAGCUGGAGGAGAUGGUGCAGGUGGCCUUGCUGUGCACCCAAUACCUCCCCUUGCAUAGGCCGAAGAUGUCGGAGGUGGUGAGGAUGCUCGAAGGGGACGGGCUAGCGGAGAAAUGGGAGGCGUCGCAGAGAGUAGAGACAACUAGGAGCAGGGCUAAUGAGUUCUCUUCUUCGGAGAGAUACUCUGAUCUUACAGAUGAUUCAUCGUUGCUGGUUCAGGCAAUGGAGCUCUCUGGUCCUAGGUGAUGCUAUUUUUGGAAAUGGGAGCUCAAAAACAGCAAAGUUUUGCAGGCCAAAAAAAUGUUGUUGUACAGUAGUCUGAUAUAUGGAGAAUGAUGAUGAGGAAACUGAGCUUUUGUGCUAAAUGAGGUUUUUCAUUUUUCAUUUUUCUUUUUUCCUUGGGGGGUGUAUGUAUAUUUUAGCACACGAAUCAUGGUGAGUGGGGUUUUUCGAAAAUGGUAAGUUGUAACAAUAAUGUUGCCAUAUGGCAGAAUUCUGCAAGAUGCAGUUGUGGGACUGCAAUGAAGUUAUC